AGGUCUCCAAGACGAGCCGCAGCGCUCCCUCCAGGCGGGCUCAGGGGCGGUGGGCACCGGAUCUGGCUCGCACCAGCCCUCUUACGAAGCCCAGUGUUGCGGAGCGAUGAGCUCAGGCGGGGUCCCAGCUGUCCGCCAGAGGCAGGACCUGCAGGCAGUCCGGGUGACGCCGCCCAGCACGCCGCGGUGCGGCGCCGGGGCCCCGACCACGCCACCGCCGCUGAGGCACGCGAGGGUGGAGCCCCUGCUGCAGGGCCUGGAGCGGAACUGCCCGGAGCGGGUUCGCCGGGCCCUCGGGGCAGACCCACAUGCGGCCAAGGUGCCGUUCUUGGAGCGCCGCUUCGAUUGGCCGCUGUGCGCUGCGGUCCGCCUGGGCUGCAGCGAGGAGAUCGUCCGGCUUCUGACCGCGCACGGCGCGAAGGCCGACGUGACGGACGCCCUGGGGCACUCCCCGCUCCAGCUGCUGAGCUCACGGGCAGAGGCCAACAUCACCAGCGGCCUUGCCAACGCCAUGCGGGGGCUCCUUGGCGCCGACGAGUGGGCAGCACAGCUGCGCGAGUCUCUGGCGCAGCUCGAGCUCGGCGUCGCCGCGGCGCUGCUGACUGCGGGCGCGGACCCGGAGGCGUGCCACGGCGACCCCUGCAGAGGACAUCGUUCGGCUGCGGAGCUCGCCCGGCGCGCCCGGCAGGACCACUUGGUGGGCCUGUACGAGGCCCAUUCGGCGACUACGAAGGGUAUGGUUACGCCGGGGUGUGGUUUGCGAUCGGCGCCGUUGGGGCCUGGGGGGCACGACACUGUCCUCGUCGGGCCUCCUCCGGGCGCGGGAGAACUCUAUCGAGGUCACCGCGCGUCCCCUAGGGUGCCCCCCAGGAUGUUCCCCAGGGGGCCCGUUGCAAACCACACCCUUUGCAAACCACACCCUUUGGAGUCGCCGGCCCAUGGCCGCCUGCGCACGUUUUGACGCGGCCCUAGGCGCGAGCGCGGCGGCCCCCCCCGGCUUUUUCGAUGCCAGGCUUGCCGGGCAUUGGGAGAGAGCACCCAUCCAGACAGGCCGACAGGAAGUCUGGACGAGUUCGUCCGACAUUGGCAUGUCCCAGUGCAGUUCCGGGCCCGUUUCGCCAGUCGACGUGCUGCUCGCCAGACACUCUGCUUUGCGCGCACGUCGAUGAGUGAUUCUGGCUUGAUGGACUCGGAGUGCGGUGCUGGGCGCACCCGCGGAAUUCCCCACCAGUUUUGCCUCAAUGGCGUGCUGUGAAAGGGGGUUCUGCCAAUCCUCGUUUUCGGUGCGGAGAUAUCGCUGGCGGCUCGGGCCUCGGGAGAUGUCACGCGCUCACACCUCGCCACCUCGGAGGCCCCCGCGCGCUCGAUUCGGCUGGAGGCCAGUGGCGCCCGUUCAACUUCACAGUUGCUCGGCCACCCCCCCCGCCCCCAUCACUCUCCUCCUGAGCGGCGGGGGGCUACAUGGUGCACCACCGCGGGAGGCACGGCUGAGACGAAGUCUCGCGUGCCGAGUCUUGCCCUCGGGGGGGCGAAGCCUCGGAGGUGCGCUCCGCAGCCCAUAUUUAAAUGCUAAGUUGCAUCCCUAAACGCUGGUGUUGUGCUCAGUUCGGACUUCUACUCCUUGCCUGGCAGCACGGUGCCUGGGUCCUUGCAUGCUUAGUGCGCCGCGCGAGUAUCUAAUUUUGAAUUGGCCCAAGGCCCACAGAAGAGCAAAUCGAGCACAUUUGUCGAAUUGCAGCCCAGGGCAGCCCAGGGUAGCCCAGGGUUCUCCUAGUUUGCCCAUCGCUCUUCCUCCUCCAUUGAUGAGAGCUUUGUCUCGCCUCGAUUGCAGUUUUUACUGCUCUUCGCAGUCCUCUCACAUGCCAGCUCCUCUCUACUUUUGAAGAAAGCUGCUGGUGUUCCUACGCAGCUGCCACAUGCCAGGACAGCAAUGUAUCUUUACGAGCUCGCCACCUGGCAUGACCCGGUAAACGCCUGGGCCCAGUGGACGCGGCCAGCCAAGAGCGGUAGAGGAUGCCCGUCCCAUGAUCCGACGGCGCCGAGAUUGCCCAGACUUUUUUGUUUGGGGGGUGGCGCCAUGCUCUCCAGACGGGAGCACGGACAGCAGGAGGAGGAUUAGAGGAAUGGCCACACUUCUUUGCCUCUUGUCGCAAGAGAUGUUGCCCAGAUCCUCGGGCCCACAAGUGGCGUCUCGAAGGGUUUCUGGCACUGGCGGGCCGGUUAUGGGAUGCCCGUCGAGGGCCUGCUCGGGUCCUAGGGAUCGUCCAGUGUGUGCAGGCCCUGAGAUCCGACGCUG